CAUGUGAGGGAGUUGCGUCGUCGAGGUGUCAGUGUUGGAACAAAAUCAUAUGGCUGUCGUAGUGGUCCCGGUGAAAUGGCGGGUGAUCGAGAACAAUUCCAGCACAUUUUGUCGGCAUUACUGAGUGUAGAUAACAAAAUUCGACAAGAGGCUGAGAACACUUACGACCAGAUUGCGCCGAGCACAAAGUUUCAGUUCCUUUUAAGCAAUGUUGUUGACAAGUCAGCCAGCGAAGAUGCACGGACAAUGGCGGCUGUCCUCCUUAGAAGGCUCCUUACAACAAACUUUGACGAAGUUUUCCCAACUUUACCACAAGAAACACAGGCUCAAGUUCGCUCACAGUUGCUUGCUUCCGUACAGCAGGAGGAAGAUGGAAACAUGCGCAAGAAACUCUGUGAUAUAAUUAGUGAGUUAGCGCAUAACAUGAUUGAUGAUGAAGGCAACAACAUGUGGCCCGAAUUUCUUCAGUUCUUAUUUGAGAGUGCUAGUUCACCCAACAUUAAUCAUAAGGAAAUAGCUCUCACAUUAUUCAGCUUGGUCCCGGGUGUUUUUGGUAAUCAACAACAACAGCAUUUGGGCAUGAUCAAGGCAAUGUUAACAUCCUCCCUAGCAGAUUCUGCAAACCCCCCUGUCCAGGCAUUGGCCGUUAAAGCAACGGCAGCAUUUAUUUUACUCCAUGACAAUGAGCCUAACAUUCAGAAAAAUUUUGCUGAUCUUCUUCCAGCUUUCCUCCAGAUAAUAGCAAAUAGCAUACAAGCUGGUGACGAUGAUGCUCUUCUGAAAUGCUUGGUUGAUCUUGCUGAAAGUUGCCCCAAGUUUUUGCGCCCACAAGUUGAGGCCAUCUUACAACUGGCCAUAAAGGCUCUACCUGAUCCUAGUGUAGGUGAUGCCUGGAAGCAUUUGUUGCUGGAAGUGGUGGUAACAUUGGCAGAGACUGCACCAGCCAUGGUGCGGAAAGCUGGUGCAAAGUACAUGACAACCCUCAUUCCACAGAUGCUCAACAUGAUGACUGACUUAGAGGAUGAGGAAGACUGGAGUAUAAGUGAUGAACAAGCUGAGGAAGAUAAUGACAGCAACUCUGUUGUAGCAGAGUCAUCCCUGGACAGAUUAGCUUGUGGACUUGGAGGAAAGACUGUUCUUCCACACAUAAAUGCAACUCUGUCUCAGAUGUUACAGAGUGAAAACUGGAAAUGUCGACACGCUGCUUUGAUGGCAAUAUCUGCUGUUGGUGAGGGCUGUCACAAACAGAUGGAAAACAUGUUACCUCAGAUAAUGGAUGCUGUUGUCAGAUUUCUGCAUGACAGUCACCCCAGAGUACGUUAUGCAGCUUGUAAUGCCAUUGGUCAGAUGGCUACUGAUUUUGCACCGGUUUUCCAAAAGAAAUUCCAUGAAAUAGUAGUCCCAGGGUUAUUGCAUGUUAUGGAUGACAGUGCAAACCCAAGAGUCCAAGCUCAUGCAGGUGCUGCAUUGGUCAAUUUCUCAGAGGUAUGUCCUAAGAACAUCUUGGCAACCUACCUACCUACGAUCAUUGCAAAGUUGGAAAGUAUCCUUGCUGCCAAGUUCAAGGAGUUGAUGGAAUGUGGCACAAAAUUAGUAUUGGAGCAAGUUGUCACCACCAUUGCUUCAGUAGCAGACACGGCUGAAGAAAAGUUUGAAGAGUACUAUGAUCGUUUUAUUCCCUGCUUGAUGUACAUCAUUGAAAAUGCCAAUUCUCAAGAUUUGAGAUUGCUACGUGGAAAAACGAUUGAGUGUGUGUCCUUGAUUGGCCUUGCUGUUGGUCCUGAUAAGUUCUUAGCUGAUGCUGGCAAGAUGAUGGAUCUUCUACUGAAAGCCCAAACUAAUCAAGAGGAGAUGGCAGAUGAUGACCCCCAAGUAUCUUACCUUAUAUCUGCAUGGGCUCGCAUCUGUAAGAUUAUGGGGAAGCGAUUUGAGCCCUACUUGCCCUUGGUAAUGGGACCCGUUAUCAAGACUGCUUCUUUGAAACCAGAGGUGGCUCUUCUUGAUAAUGAAGAUAUGAAUGCGGUGGAUGGUGAUGACGAGUGGCAGUUUGUAUCUAUUGGGGAACAACAGAACUUCGGCAUCCGCACAGCUGGGUUGGAAGAGAAAGCUACUGCUUGUCAAAUGCUUGUCUGUUAUGCCAGGGAACUCAAAGAUGGUUUUGCAGAUUACACAGAGCAGGUGGUGAAACUUAUGGUGCCUAUGUUAAAGUUUUAUUUCCACGAUGGGGUACGAACUGCUGCCGCUGAAUCUCUUCCAUAUCUCUUGGAGUGUGCAAAAAUAAAGGGACAACAGUAUUUAUCAGAAAUGUGGCAGUACAUGUGUCCUGAGCUGUUAAAGGCCAUUGAAACUGAACAGGAAAGUGAUGUCCUUUCUGAGCAUAUGUAUGCCAUGGCCAAAUGUAUUGAGGUCCUUGGCAUGGGAUGUCUGUCCAAUGAUCAGAUUACUGAAUUGAUUAGAAUUCUUGACAAGUCAUUGAAAGAACACUUUGAGAGGUCUGUCAAGAGACAAGAACAACGAAAGGAUGAAGACUAUGAUGAGGUUGUAGAAGAACAGCUUUUGGACGAAGACGAUGAAGAUGUGUACGUAUUGAGUAAAGUGGCUGACAUCACCCAUGCAUUGUUUGCUGCUUAUGGGCAACACUUCUUCCCAUUCUUUGAUGCCCUCUUGCCUCAUUUUGUCAAAUUACUGGAUUCCAGCAGACCAUGGCCAGAUCAUCAGUGGGGCUUGUGUAUUUUUGAUGAUGUCAUUGAGUAUGGCGGACCAGCAUGUGACAAAUACACAGACCAUUUCUUACAGGCUCUGUUAGGAUUCGUCACAGAUAAACAAGGAGAAGUUCGUCAAGCUGCUGCAUAUGGCUGUGGAGUUUUGGGUCAGUUUGCUGGUCCAGCUUUCGCCCCAGUGUGUGCUCAAGCAAUUCCUUUGCUAGUGCAGGUCAUACAGAGUCCAGAGUCAAGGAAUGAAGUUAAUUUGAACCCAACUGAGAAUGCCAUAGCUGCUGUAACCAAAAUUUUGAAGUACAAUCCAUCAGCAAUAAAUGUAGAUGAGGUUAUUCCAUUAUGGCUCUCAUGGCUACCAGUUUGGGAGGAUACAGAUGAAGCUCCACACGUCUAUGGAUACCUGUGUGACCUUAUUGAUAAAAAUCAUCCUCUGUUUUAGGGCCCCAAUAAUAAUGGUAAUCUGCCCCAGCUUAUGGCUUGUGUUUGCGAGGUAAGUAAAAAGAGUGAUUAG